AUGCUGAUGUCCGAAGUCCUCGGCGAGGCCGCGGGGACGUUUCUCCUCAAACAGUGCGUCGCCGCGCUGCUCGGGAUGCUCAUCGGUCUUCAGAGGGAGUUCGGGUACCUCGUCGGGAUGUGGUGGUCGAAGAACAAGCUCGCAGAGAGCCCGGUGCGACGCGCGGGCUUGCGCACGCACAUGCUCGUCGCGCUCGGCUCGUGCUUGUUCUCCGAAGCGAGUUGGAGCCUCUACAGCGUGCCAGUCCCGACUCAACUCGUCGGCGACGACGGGACGAACGGACGCGCUCGCGCGCCGUACGUCUCGGGAACCUUCAACUACGACAGCUCGCGCGUCGCCGCGCAGAUCGUCUCCGGGAUCGGCUUCCUCGGCGCGGGGACGAUCUGGAAAGCGAGCGAUCAAGUCUUCGGGUUAACCACGGCGGCGUCGCUUUGGACCACCGCCGCCGUGGGCAUGCACGUCGGCGGCGUCCACGAGGGCAAAGACGACACGUACUUCCUCGCGCCGUGCUUCGCGACGCUUCUCGUCGUCGUGACGCUUCAGAUUCUCAUCAUGUUUGAGCUGUGGGUGCACCGAUGGAUGCGCUCGUACACGAUGCGGUACCAAGCCGCGCGCGCGACUUUGGCCGUUGCGCCGCACGCGUCCGUCGAAAACGCGGUGCACGACGUCGUGGACGAGGUCGAGAAGAAGGUGGGGCAGGUCGUGGCGCUCGGCGCGGUGAUCGAGAGCGGCGUGUCCGGGCCGUGCGCGGCGGGCGGAGGCGGCGCGGCGGGGUUCUCUUCCGCGUCGUCCGCGGGGGGGAUCCCCGCGAGCAUCGCGGAGGACGAUCGAACGCGUCGUCUGGAAAUUUCGCUCACGGUUGUCGUUCCGCCGUUUUCCAGCGGCGUCGUGCUUCUCGAUCGCCUCGCGAUGAUCGACGGCGUGUAUAAGGCGAGCAUCGCGGAGCAGCGGUCGAACGUCGUGUCGUUCGUGGACGCGGGGGGCGCGCGGGUGAGACGGGGACGAGGGAUGGAGCGGCCGUUCAUCGCGUCCGGCGACGGCUGCGACGACGACGGAGAGGACGACUGA